AUGACGUCAGAGCCCAAAAAGAUCUCUUUUUCUUUCGGGAAAAAGCCCGCCUCUUCAUCUCAGGGGAUCUCUUCGUCUGCUCAGUCUUCGUCCUCUGCCUCGCGUUCUUUGUUUUCGUUUUCUCUGGGGUCUUCUCAGCGCAGCAGCGCCGGGGCGGCGCCCGCGCCCGCAGCCUCGAACGUCUUCCGCGGCGGGCCUGGAUUUUUUGAGCAGAAUGAGGAGGAGCCGGAGGCUGUUCAGCAAGUUCUCUCCAUCAGCAAAGAGGGAGGAUGGGAGACGGAGGGAGGCGCCAAAGAGAAGGCGCCCCUGGUCAUCCCCUGUCUGAAUCUUCUCAAUAAACCUGCAGCCUCUGCUUGGACUUCGUCUCAGUCUAGCUCUGUCGACUCACGCGCGCAUACGGGGCUCCUCUGGAGCGGCGCCGCGAAGGACGAGUCGAGCGUUCCAUGCUCUUCAGGGGAAGCAGUCAAAGCACGCCAGACAGCAAAUGGAGAGAAAAAGGUGAAAGAGCCGAACUAUCUUCGUCUAGCGAAACCCGAAGAACGUGUCAAGUCGGAGCCCGUGGAAGGCGCGGAUGCGUCUUCUUCCUCUCCUGCGAGUACCGAGGGCGCGUCGUCUGCGUCGCCGAAACCAGAAUUCGGUCUGUCUUGUCCUACGCAGUCGCGCCAGGUCAAAACCGAACCUACACAGUCCUCGAGCGCCCCGCCGGACCCCCCGCCAGUCCCUGCCGCGUCGUCGUCCUUGUCUCUUGACGAGAUGGCGGCUCAGGCGCUGAUCGCCGAGGCGAAGAGCGAACUGGGGUCGCCGGCCUUCGGCACAGCUGCUCCGAUCCUUCCAAUUUUGUCGCGGAACGAGAAGCUAGCUGAGCUCCGGAGGCGGCACAAAGAGCGCCUCAAGCUGGCAAAAGAACGGCCUGCCUCCGCGUCGUUGGGCAGCAGUUCGUCCCGCGUGCGAGGCCGCGGCUUCGUCGCCUGCGACCUGUCCUCAGGGCUGUCUUCCGACCGCAUUUCUUGGUUGAACGACGCGCGGGGGAGCGUGAAGGAGGAGCCGCGAGACGGCCGCGAGCGCCAAGACGCAGCGGUUUCGCGCGAGACGAGUGAGAAGGAGCUGCUCCAGGAGGAGUUGAAUCUCCUGCCCGACGCGCCGUCGACGACGAGCUCCGCAUAUAGUGCGAUUCCCGUGAGCGAGUUCGGCUUGGCUAUGCUCCGCGGCAUGGGCUACGACCCAGAAAAAGACAAGAAGCGGAAGGAGGAAGAGGCCAAAGAACAAAAGAGUGGGACAGCGCCCAAGAGAAAGCGCGCCUACAACCGCGCUGGCCUCGGCAGCGAAGAGGAAAUUGAGCGACUGUGGGAGGAAAGGGAAAAAAGACUUAGAGAAGAAAACGCGCGAGACAAAAAGCGGAAAAUGGACGAGAUGCUAAGGCGGCGAAGAGAAGGGUAA